AUGGUGUCCCAAAAACGAGGCCAUGAUCCGACAGGAUCUGAUGCCCGCAGCAACAAGCAGGCUCGCGUCUCUGGAUCAACUGCAGCAUCCAUCAGCCACGAUGGGACCUCAGCAAGCUCUCCAAGCUCCCAAGCACAAAAUGACUCGCAAUUUCCAGUAUCCACUCAGAUCAUAGAUGACGAAGAAGCUGAUCUCGUCGACCUUACGCAGGACGAUGAGAGCCCAUCCCUUGACCUCUAUGGCACACAUGAUGCCAAAAUUGUCGGAGUUAGGUAUUAUGAUGGUGUUGUCACGCCCCACGAGCUGGUUUUGCUCCAGCGCGAGCCGAACAACCAAUAUGACCGUAAUGCUAUUCGAGUGAACAAUGUGAUGGGGCAACAAAUUGGCCAUCUACCUCGUAAUCUGGUUGCCAAGUUGGCGCCAUACAUUGAUCAAGAUCAUUUUGUCCUUGAGGGAGUUCUUACAGGAGAAAAGGGCUUCUACGACUGCCCAAUUCGCCUUUACUUCUAUGGUUCCAGCGAGCCUAACACCCGCACGGCUCUGGAGAAUAGAAUUAAAGCUGAUAAGCUCCUAAAGGCCACCGAAAUGAAGAACAACAGGAAGGAAGCAGAAGCUCGUAGAAAGGCCAUGGGCAUGAAGAGCGGCACCACGACUGGUACUGGGCUUGGCAAUACAGCGGAAGCUACCGUUCAGAAGGAAGAGCAAGAUACCUCGUUGCAAAACUUAGUCGCUGCAAGUGAGGCCUUGGACUCGGUCCGUACGGACACAUUUACUGAUACCUUGGCUAUCGGCGAGGACGAUCUCGCGGCCAUGCCAAUGGCGCAACAGCCAGGGACCCUCAAAUCAACGUUGCUUCCAUACCAACUUCAGGGUCUUGCUUGGUUGGCUGCCAAAGAGAAUGUCAAGCUUCCUCCUGUCGGUUCCGACGAAGUUGUUCAGCUCUGGCAACGCAAAAACUCAACUACAUAUUUAAACCUUGCGUCAUGCUUCGCAACAUCUUCCCCUCCAAAACUAAUCUCGGGUGGUAUUCUGGCAGACGAUAUGGGUCUUGGAAAGACUCUUCAAAUCAUCAGUCUUAUCAUGUCCGAAGGUCUGGGGAAUGGUCCGACGCUCAUCGUUGCUCCGGUCAGCGUCCUAAGCAAUUGGGAGCAGCAAAUCAAAUUUCAUGUCAAGGAAGAGCAACAACCCCGAAUUCUUGUCUACCACUCUUGUAAGCCGAUGUCCGCAUCGGAAUUGCGAAGCCAUCAUGUAGUCAUUACGACUUAUGGUAUGCUUAGUUCUGAAGCCAAAGCCAAGCAAUCUUCACGGCUAUUUGGAGUUGACUGGCGUCGAGUGGUCCUGGAUGAGGGUCACACCAUACGAAAUGCCAAGGCUCAGUUAGCCCAAGCAGCCCACAUGCUUAAAGCCAAGUCUCGAUGGGUCCUGACGGGUACACCGAUCAUUAAUAACGUCAAAGACUUCUAUUCGUUGUUGAGGUUCCUCAAGCUUAGUGGCGGUCUUCAAGACGAAGGCUUGUUCUCACAGGUCAUUGCUCGUCCGAUCAAGCAGGCACACAGUAGACACCCUGACAGGAUCAAAGCGGUCAAUCUGCUUGGCCAUCUCAUGAAAGACAUCUGUCUGCGUCGUAAGAAAGAAAUGAAAUCCGUCAAUCUCAACUUACCUGCCAAGACGGAGUAUAUUCAUAGAAUCUCGUUUGACAAGACGGAGAAGACAAAAUACGACGCUCUGCUGGCUGAAGCACAAGGUGCACUUGAGGAGUUUCAAAAGAAAUCGAACAAAGGUCAACUUGGGAGAUACACCAACGUCCUGGAGAGACUGCUCCGUCUACGACAGGUCUGCAACCACUGGACUUUGGCGAAAGAACGAGUCGGCGAUCUUCUCAGCUUGUUUGACGACCAGAAAGUGGUCUCUUUGACGGAGAAGAACAUCCCCAUUCUUCAAAAAGCUCUUCAAUUGAUGAUCGACAGCGGUGAGGAGUGUGCAAUCUGCUUUGAGGAAAUUUCUCAGCACCAACCGGUAAUUACCGCAUGCAAGCAUGUUUUCGGAAAGCCAUGCAUUUCCAAGACAAUUGACCUGCAGGGCAAAUGCCCCUACUGUCGAGCUGAAUUGACACAUGAAUCGUUGAUCGAAACAGAUGAGGCUACGGAUAAAAUAGAGGUGGACGAUCUGUGCAAGAGUUCGAAGACAGAAGCACUUGUUAAAAUUCUUCAGGCAACACUGAAGAACGAGGGUUCCAAAGUCAUUAUUUUCUCACAGUGGACCUCAUUUCUCAACAUUAUCGGUCUGAGAUUACAGGAAGCUGGCCUCUCUUUUGCACGUAUUGAUGGUAGCAUGGUCAAAAAGAAGCGAGAUGCCUCUAUCACUUCAUUGAACGAGGACCCGGAUACUCGCAUCCUUCUCGCGAGUCUGCAAGUCUGUAGCGUUGGGCUAAAUCUUGUUGCUGCUGACACCGUCAUCCUAGCUGAUAGCUGGUGGGCACCUGCAAUUGAGGAUCAAGCUGUCGACCGUGUCCAUCGACUUGGCCAAACCCGGCCGACAACGGUCUGGCGCCUGGUCGUCGAGAACACGAUCGAAGAGCGUGUGCUUGAUGUUCAAGCCGAAAAGAGAAAGAUUGUUAGCGAGGCUUUCCAAGAAAAGGCCAAAGGUGGCAAAGCCAAGGACACACGAUCAAUGGCGGACAUCAAGAAAUUGCUUUCAUAG